AUGGCGGCGAUUUGGUUGCUGAAGUUGUUCCUUGUCUGCAGUCUGGCGUCUGUCCCAACAGCAGGCUCAAAUGACAACCUCGGGCCACCCACCCCUUCACCAGGAAGAACUCACAGCUUUAGUGUGCCGGUCGGAAGUAUAAUAAACACAGAGAAAGGCUUUCUACCAAGAGGUCCUACUAUAACAUUUCCUAAUGGUAACGCUGGUGGCGCUCAACCGACCACACCAUUCAUUUUGCCGACUGUGAGGUCAAGUGUCACAAACGGACCGCUGGUAGAUACAGAACCAGUCGGACGUGCUGGUGUAACACAAAAAGGCGGGAACGCGGGGACAAAUGGCGCAACUGACACUGGAAUGUCAAAAGGUGGCGCUAUAAUCCCAGCAGGGAACCCAAAUACCCCAAACGUUGGAGUAGCUCCGGACUCAGGGGUUACAGGGACGGGGACAACGAACACACAACCAGGUGGUGGAACAGCAGCCGGAGUUCCGGAUCCCGGGGUUAACGGAAACCCUGGCACAGGUACCUCUACUAAUAAUCCGGGUGUUAAUUAUCCGAGUGGUGGAACAACAAAUGGAGCGUCUGGUACAAGCUUGAACGGACACCCUAAAUCAGGAACGUCAAACACAAAUCCAAGUGGUGGAUCAGCAGCCGGAGUUCCGGAUCCUGGGGUUAACGGAAGCCCUGGUUCGGGGACCUCUAGCAAUAAUCCGGGUGUAAAUAAUCUGAGUGGUGGAACAACGAAUGGAGCUUCGGGUACAGGCGUGAACGGAAAUCCUAAAUCAGGAACGUCAAUCACAAAUCCAAGUGGUGGAACAGCAGCUGGAGUUCCAGAUCCUGGGGUUAACGGAAACCCUGGUGCCGGGACCCCUAGCAAAAAUCCGGGUGUAAAUAAUCCGAGUGGUGGAACAACGAAUGGAACUUCGGGUACAGGCGUGAACGGAAAUACGACAAACACAAAUCCAAGUGGUGGAACAGCAGCUGGAGUUCCAGAUCCUGGGGUUAACGGAAACCCUGGCGGGGGAACCUCUAGCAAUAGUCCGGGUGUAAAUAAUCCGAGUGGUGGAACAACGAAUGGAACGUCGGGUACAGGCGUGAACGGAAAUACGACAAACACAAAUCCAAGUGGUGGAACAGCAGCUGGAGUUCCAGAUCCUGGGGUUAACGUAAACCCUGGCGGGGGAACCUCUAGCAAUAAUCCGGGUGUAAAUAAUCCGAGUGGUGGAACAACGAAUGGAACGUCGGGUACAGGCGUGAACGGAAAUACGACAAACACAAAUCCAAGUGGUGGAACAGCAGCUGGAGUUCCAGAUCCUGGGGUUAACGGAAACCCUGGUGCAGGGACCCCUAGCAAUAAUCCGGGUGUAAAUAAUCCGAGUGGUGGAACAACAAAUGGAGCGUCUGGUACAGGCUUGAACGGAAACCCUAAAUCAGGAACGUCAAACACAAAUCCAAGUGGUGGAUCAGCAGCCGGAGUUCCGGAUCCUGGGGUUAACGGAAGCCCUGGUUCGGGGACCUCUAGCAAUAAUCCGGGUGUAAAUAAUCUGAGUGGUGGAACAACGAAUGGAGCUUCGGGUACAGGCGUGAACGGAAAUCCUAAAUCAGGAACGUCAAUCACAAAUCCAAGUGGUGGAACAGCAGCUGGAGUUCCAGAUCCUGGGGUUAACGGAAACCCUGGUGCCGGGACCCCUAGCAAAAAUCCGGGUGUAAAUAAUCCGAGGGGUGGAACAACGAAUGGAACUUCGGGUACAGGCGUGAACGGAAAUACGACAAACACAAAUCCAAGUGGUGGAACAGCAGCUGGAGUUCCAGAUCCUGGGGUUAACGGAAACCCUGGCGGGGGAACCUCUAGCAAUAGUCCGGGUGUAAAUAAUCCGAGUGGUGGAACAACGAAUGGAACGUCGGGUACAGGCGUGAACGGAAAUACGACAAACACAAAUCCAAGUGGUGGAACAGCAGCUGGAGUUCCAGAUCCUGGGGUUAACGGAAACCCUGGCGGGGGAACCUCUAGCAAUAAUCCGGGUGUAAAUAAUCCGAGUGGUGGAAAAACGAAUGGAACGUCGGGUACAGGCGUGAACGGAAAUACGACAAACACAAAUCCAAGUGGUGGAACAGCAGCUGGAGUUCCAGAUCCUUGGGUUAACGGAAACCCUGGUGCGGGGACCCCUAGCAAUAAUCCGGGUGUAAAUAAUCCGAGUGGUGGAACAAUGAAUGGAACUUCGGGUACAGGCGUGAACGGAAAUACGACAAACACAAAUCCAAGUGGCGGUACAGCAGCUGGAGUUCCGGAUCCUGGAGUUAACGGAAACCCUGGCGGAGGCACAUCUAGCACUAAUCCGGGUGUAAAUAAUCCGAGUGGCGGAACAACGAAUGGAACGUCGGGUACAGGCGUGAACGGAAAUACGACAAACACAAAUCCAAGCGCGACUGAUCCUAGUGGUGGGGGAACGGCUAACGGGGUUCCGACUGGUGGGGCAGGAGGCAGCGUUCCGGGAUCUGGAAAUCCUGGUUCUGGAUCACCAAACGUUCCGGGAACCCCAGUGAAUGGGCCAGCAGCAGGAACCCCAGGAGUGAACACUAGUAAUGGAAAUCCGAACUCCGGGCUUCCGGGUAGCCCGACCAAUGGAGGUAAUGGCGGAAGUGCUGUCACUCUAUCACCAAUUGUGACUAAAAUGAAUAAACCUCUACUACCCACACCUGUAAUGUUCGAAAUACAACCCUUUGCUCCUCAACAAGGAGACGAAAAUAGCAAGAGUUCAGAAGAGUCAGAAACGAACAAAAGGAAAAAGGGUUGGACCGGAACUGUUACCUCAGACGAGUCUGGGGGAACGGGAACCUCAACUGGGACCGGGGGAACUGGUGGGACUGUGGGAACUGGAACUUCGAGUGGGACUGGAGGAGCUGGAACCUCAAGCGGGACCGGUGGAAUAGGUGGGACUGGGGGAACUGGAACUUCGAGUGGGACCGGGGGCACUGGAACAUCAAGCGGGACCGGGGGAACCGGUUACCCAGGAGGCACCGGGGGUUUUGGGGGAACUGGGGGAACGGGAGCUACUGGUACGGGUAGUGGAGGGCAAGGUCGUACUGGAGGUUCGGGAGUUGGCACCGGAGCUGCCGGAGGAGCAGCUGGUAGGGGGACGGGAGGGACGGGAGGGACGGGAGGGGUGGGUGGCACGGGAGGCACAGGUGGAACUAUGGCAGGAGAAGGUUCAGUUGGGCCUUUCGGGCCCGGUGUGGAUUUUGGGUCGGAGGGAUCAGUUGGCGGAGAAGGCACCUAUGGCAAUGGAGGAACUGAUGGGAGAGGCGGUUACGGUGGAACUGGAACCGGAACUGGUACUGAUACCGGCAGGGGUACAGGCACUGGUACCGGCUCCGGUACAGGAACUGGUACUGGAACUGGAACCGGAACAUCAGGCUCUACCGGGUCAGGGACUGGGACUGCUAGCUCUGGUGGAAGGCCAGGCUUCGGUAUUCCAGCUGGACGGGGAACCGCUGUCGGAAUACCAACUCCUAGCCCGAGAGAUCGGUUGACACGUCUUCCAGUUGACGGGAACGGUAGGAUUCCGUCGGGACGCGGACAGAGCCCGAACCUGCCCGGGCAAAACCAGCCAGGUAUCGGCGGGGGGACGGGGCAAGGAGGUGUCAAGCACGGUACAAGUGGUGUUUACGACGAAACACAUCCCAGUGUUACGGUAGGGGGUAUCGUCAACCACGUCAAUGGACAGAAUGACACAUCGGGAAGGAUUACCGGCGGGGCGAUCGGUGGCGUAGUCGGGGGCCUCGCACUGAUAGCCGGAGCGGCUGUUGGAGUUUACUUCAUCAAAAAGAAACGUACCAAUGUGCCACUGAUCAACAAAGCAGGAACGUAUGAAACAAUCGAGAUGAGCACACAAAGAGAUUCGGUUCCACUGGAAACAGCCGAAGGGUAGUCUAUUACAACACCCUUAAGACUGUUCUUAUGGGUAUCAAUUAACAAUCCAUCCAAUAUACUAUUGGGUUUACAAAGUAAUUUUGAGUUAAAGGAACACAUUGCCUUGGAUCGGGCGAUUUGGUCUUUAAAAAGCGUUUGAAACAGUUUUUUUUAUGAAAUGCAAAUGGUUAGAUAGAUAAUUUCAAAGUAGAUCAUAAUGAUCAUCAAAGACAUGCCUCGAAAUUGCAAGGUUUUUCCUUUUACGUCGCGAAGAAACACGGUCGGCCAUUUUGUCGAGCCCAAAUUAUGACUCCAUAAUGGCCGGCCGUGUUAGUUCGCGACGUAAAAGAAAAACCGUGCAGUUUGAAGUGAUACUUGUGUGGAUCAUACAUUCUACUUUUAGAGUAAUUUUUGAACCCUUUUAUUUCAUAACGAACAUAAAACUCUUUCACCAACGUCACAUGCGGCUACACUUUGCACUUAAUUUGACAUUUUUGGAGUAAAAACUACUUUGUCAAAGGCAAAUUAGGCUAUGCCUCUUAGUUGUUAGAACCUUUGAAUGUUUCCAUCCUAUGAAACUAACCUAUGAAAAUAUCAUUUCAAAUGGUGGUCGUGUUUAUGUUGUAUCGCCAAAAAUCCGGAGCGAAUGUCCAAGCAGGAAUUGAAACUCUAAAUGGGAACACACACCCAAAGAAGCGUUACCGCGGUAACGCUUUUUUACACUUAAAUGUUCUGGAGUUAACAGUGAUAUAUUUUCAAUAGCCGCAGCACUUCGUAAAUACUGCGCACUUUGCUGCCUCAGUUUCCAGACUUAAAACCGAAGUCAUAGUAAAGACCAUUAAAUAAAAUGCAAGUUCAGCAUGCAUCGUCCACGAUGUGCACUGCACAACCAACGUAUUAAUGUCAUUUUUAGGAUCAUUGAUGAUGGCGUCGGUUGCAUUGGGCCAGAAUUUUACAUUGAAAUGUGCAUCGAUAUCAUUGCUUGACAAGGUAUAGAAGACAUUAUUUUACUAGACAUUGAUUUUUUUCUUCUGAGAAAACUGAAGUCUAUAACCAUGUGUAACUGUCAAUAGUAUACACAUUAAGGCCUAAAUGAUUUUGGUUGGAAUCAGUUUUGCCUCAGUUUUUCAAAAUAAUUCCCGACUAAUAAUUCAUAUCUCGAGGAAAGUGCAUAGGGAAAGGGUUGUUUUAAGAACUUCACUAUCAGUCAAUUUGUUUAACUUAAAAUUGACCUUUACCAAUCCUGUAUUGACACCAAACUACUGAAUAAAUAGUUAAAUAUUUAGCACGGGAAUCACGAUGACAAGUUGCCAUUGGAACCUAGUUAAAUAAUUCGUAUGGAAACCAGGAAACACAGAUAACACAGGAACUUCUGCAGCCCCUUGGAUUGAUAAAAAAAAAAAAAUGUAUUUUAAGAAAUGAUUAAAACGAAAAAUAGAAAAGUUAUAUGAAUUGAAUAAUUAAACAGCAAAGUUUUGAUUGAUUUUGUACAAUUUCAAAGCUAAUUUCAGGUUUCACACCGUCAAUGUAUCAUAGAACGCAGGUGCCCGUGAAAGUGCGGGAGACUUUUUUAUCACACGUUUAAGCGACGUAAGUGCUUAUAGUUGUAUGCGUUCGAGUAGCUUCCCUGAGUCGGCCCUGGUCUGCCCCGGUACGUUCGAAUAGCUUUGACGGGGCUCACCCGGGUC